AGGGGCGUGAUCGUAAUUUAGGGGCGUGGCCUCGUGGGCAGCAGGAAGAAGUUACCUGUUGACUCGCUCUAUCCAUUUUUUUUUCUCCCCCGGCCCUUGAAGCUACCCGUAAGAGGGAAGCCGCAAACCACAAGCCUCUUCCGAAAAAGAGCUAAAGGGAGGUAGACAAGGGCGGCUGAGGAGACUGGCUAUUGCGUUCCGCAGGAGGGCUCCAACAGCUACUUUUUACCUGCUGAGUCAGGUGAACCGGUCCAUCGGGGCGGGGACCAGCAUAUGAGAAAAGGGCAAGGACAUAGGAGGUAUUUAUUUGUUCGUUUUCCAGACUAAAUUUAGAGCCCUUCACCUGCAGACCCCAGUGCCUCGGAAAAAGAGAAAAAACGGGGGCGACUUCUCUGCAGCAGAAGGAGAGACCUGUCUGGGCUUCCCUCCGUCCGUGUACCUCCUAGCCACCCCCCCCCCCCAAAAAAAGACAGAGCCACAUGGCUUCCGCCGUCUGGGGGAGUGCUCCUUGGUGGGGCCCACCGCCCCCAGCCCCAGCCCGACCGCUCACGGACAUAGACUUCUGCUCUGGUGCCCAGCUGCAAGAACUAACCCAGCUGAUCCAGGAGCUGGGUGUGCAGGAGAGCUGGAGUGACGGGCCCAAGCCGGGACCAGACCUCCUCCAGGCUAAGGACUUUGUUUUCUCUUUGCUGGGUCUCAUUCACCGUCGGGACCCUCGCUUUCCUCCCCAGGCAGAGCUCUUGCUGCUUCGUGGCGGAAUUCGCGAGGGCUCCCUGGAUCUGGGGCCUACACCUCUAGGUCCCUACGCCCGGGGACCUCACUAUGACACCGGCUUCACACUCCUGGUGCCCGUGUUUUCGCUAGACGACACUGGGCAGGAGCUGCAACUGGACGUGGGAUCCUGUUAUGCAUGGGUCUGCCUCCCAGAGCAGGUACGCGGAGCCUCCAUCAGGGAGGCAUGGCAGGAUUGCCUAGGACCCCCAGUCCCCGGAGGAGGUGAUUCCAUCCACCCAACCCAAAGCGAAGAAAGUCUCAAGGACCCGAAAACCUCUGUGGACCAGCCGCACGGUGACGUCACUGAUCCUGAGGCACACGGGUCUUUGGAAAAAUCACCUAGUAACGUUUCAGUGCCAGAGUCGCCUCAGCAAGACGCAACCGAUGUUGGCUUUCCCUCACCAUUGAAAAAAACGAAUGGUGACGUCACCAAAGCAGCCGACGGUAGCCCAAUGCCACAGCCCCAGCCGUCGGAGGCUCGGGAGGCAUGGCCCACAUUGUGUCCCGCCCAGGUGGCUGCCUGGUUCUUUGCUUCGCUGGCUGCAGUCGCUGAGUCCCUGCUCCCGGUCCCAGGUGCCCCGCGCUUGGUUCACGCAGCCCGCCACGCUGGGUACACCACCAUCCUGCUGGCUACGCCUGGGCCCCCGCGCCGACUCCUGCUUUUCGACCUGAUCCCUGUGGUGUCCGUGGCCGGCUGGCCCGAGGGGGCUCGGAGCCACUCGUGGGCCGGCCCGUUGGUCUCGGAGUCGUCCUCCUUCUACCUGGUGCCCGGCGGCGGCGGCGGCGGCGGCACAGAGCGGCCAGAAGCCUCCGGCUGGCAGCUCUGCUUCGCCCGCCAGGAGCUGGCGCUCAAGGCGCGCAUAGCCGAGCCGCUGCUGCAAGCGCACGCGGCGGCCCAGGCGCUGCUGCGCCCGCUGGUGGUCGGGACCCGGGCCGCAGCGCCCUACCUCCUGCGGACGUUGCUCUACUGGGCGUGCGAGCGGCUGCCCGCGCUCUAUCUGGCGCGGCCCGAAAAUGCGGGCGCCUGCUGCCUCGGGCUGCUGGAUGAGCUGGGCCGGGUGCUCGAAGCCGGGACGCUGCCCCACUAUUUUCUGAGUGGCCAAAAGCUCCGUGCGGGGGACGGCGCGGUUUCGCUGCUUGGGGCGUUGGCCCUGCUUCGCGGGGACCCUGCCCGGGCCCUGCGCGCCGCCGUGGAGGAGGCCAAGGCUGCGCGCAAGGGGGGCGGCUUAGCCGGCGUGGGAGGCGGGGCCCAUUAAAGAUGCUGCUCCUA